AUGACUACACAGGACGAGCGAGCAUCAGAAGGUCCACCACCGUGGUACGAAACCGAUGUCAAGUCCAUCAAUCCCAAGGCGCAGUCGCUCUUGGAAGAGUACAGCGGAUUUGCCCCAGACGAAGUGCUUCCUCAUGUCCUGAAACUGAGAGACGAAGCAUUCAAAAUCUUCCCCUAUCCGUGCAUCGGACAAAUGCGCUUUCUGAGCUGCCACCUCUCCAACUUCCCAUACUACCAACGUAUUCACGACAAACUACACUCCCGAGCGACGGGCACCACCUUCCUCGACGCCGGAUGCUGCGUCGGCCAAGAACUCCGCUUCCUCCACACCCGAGCGCAAGUCCCCGCCGAAAACCUCUACGGCCUCGAUCUCGAGCCCGAAUUCUUCUCCAUCGGCUACGAACUGUUCCGCGACAACGCCGCCACUUUCCCGGCGACCCUCGUCGCAGCCGAUAUCCAGGCCGAUGAAGAUACGUGGGCGGGGUCCCGUGCCGUCACUGCAAUGAAGGGGCGCAUGGAUGUGAUCUGGGCAAGUUCGUUCCUUCAUCUGUGGGAUUACGAGGGCCAAGCGCGUGCGCUGGAGAGAUUGCUGGGUCUGUGUCGCGACGAGACCGGGGUCGUGGUGGGUGGGAGGCAGAUGGGGUCUGUUUUGGCGGGGGAGUAUACGGUGGAUUCGAUCGGGGGAAGGAAGGAGUGGAAGCAGUAUCGGCAUAAUGGGGAGAGUUUGAAAGGGUUGUGGUUUGAUGUCGAGCGGAGGUUGGGCCAGAGAUGGGAGCUCGAGGUGCAGUUGGAGAAUGGGGAGACGAUGAGGAAGAUGAGGGGGGCGAGUUUUAUGGAUGAUCAGGCAAGGGUGAUUUGGUGGAUUGCGACGAGGGUGUCGUAG